AUGGCAGCACCAACUAACGUGAAAGAGCCUGUGGAUUUUGUUCACCAGGACUUGAUUCAUCUGGACACAAUCCUGAAAGAACAGCGGCAUCAGAAGCUUUACACUACUUUUAACGUCAAUCCUUUCAAAAAGCUGCAUGUUUUAGCUGAUAAACCCAUGUCAAGAGAAAUGUACAAAGAGGCUGAGGACCCUGUUUUCCUGGAGCUCUUUCACAGAGCAAAUUUAGAACCAAAAAAGAAGUACCCUCAUCCAAUGACCGAGUCUCAAGAAAUUGGAUGGAUUUCCACUCCUCUGAUUGAGUCCGAUCGCUCUGACAGAAGACUGAAUUUUCCACGGAGGACCACUGAAAUCACCAAAUACAUGGGGGCUGUCUGGCGUCUGAAAGAACAAGCUCAGCGCAGCCAGAAGGAGCGUGGCAAAAAAGGUUGA